AUGGAGGAUAAAAGUGCAACAAGUACCGUAACAUUGAGGCUGCCGGGAGAAGGCGAAGUGUUUGAGGAUUUCCAAGUGGAGAAAACGGUUGCAAUGGAAUCAGAGGUCAUAAAGAAAUUUAUGCAAGACACUGGAGAGCAGGUUCUAAUAUUUACUAUUUCCUGGAUACCAUGCAAGACGCUGGAGAGCAGAUUCCCAUACAUCAAAAGGGGUAAAAUUUUGGAGAAGGUAUUAGAGUAUUGUGAAUACCAUGCAAAUGCAAAAUCGAAUAGUAUAUCAGAAGAGAAUGUGAAGAUAUGGGAUAUGGACUUCGCCAAAAAUGUUGUGGCUGCUGACGAAAACCAAGCAAUUACUUAUCAUAUUAUAAGGGCUGCGGAUUUUCUGGAUAUCAAGGGGCUAUUCGAUUUAUUGUGUAAGGCUGUUGGAAAUGUUCUUAAAGACAAAUGUAUCGAAGAGAUGCGCCGUAUUUUCGGGAAAGAGAAUGAUUUUAGCAAGGAGGAAGAGAUAGCAGUCAGGGAAGAGAUCAGCUGGGCAUUAGACUAA